UCUGUUCUACGCGAAACCAAUCUACAGCCCAGGGUCCCAUCCGGUGGCUCAGGAUAACGUUGACGGUAAUACUACCAGCUGCACUACACACUGUUGUCCCAGUUCGUACUGAAUUUUGACCGACCGAUGCACCCUCGAAUCCCCGACCUGCCGAUUACACUACAAACGCUCAUUAAUGUAUACGUGAUUCUUAGUACCUCGGUACGCACACCAUCAACAGCCGACGUGUGUUUACGAUACCCGUGUAUCAUCAACAAACCUCGAGCAGGGGCCCACAACGCCACUGCGCAUCGUCCCAAAGGGGUUGUGCGUCGCGUGUGUCGGACAGUUUCGAUGUUCUAUUAUAACAUCCCCACCGCGAUCGAUCCGUUACGAUCAGUACGCGCUCAACCGUUGCCCACUGCACACCUGUUCCGGGCAUCGCCAGCCGACGCAGUGGAAAAUUUGAAGCAACCCGGCCACAUCCCACCGGGCCAGUGCAGUGGUGUAGUGCAGCAAACGAACGUCCGAUAUGCAAGUGCUUCGAUCGUGCGUCUUGUCGAGCGUGUGUGCAACAGUGAGUACACCGUGAUUCGCACCAUUGCUGAUGUUUAUCGAUUGUUGCGUGCAGUGGAUGCAUCCAGCGUCAGGGCACGUUCCGUGUGAAGUUCUCACCGAUCGCCCGCGAAGUGAUCCGCACAAAGUGAGCGAAUCCGAAACUUACAGCCGAAGCAAAAAAUUUCCAACCUCUAGUCCCAACGCAACGAUCGAUUCUAAGGUGCUCAUAGUAAUUAGUGAUCAGUAAUAGAGCUUAGCGACGAACCCUCAUCCCGUGUGCUGUGGCAGUAGCAAGUUGUGUUAGGUUUCAGUAAAAGGUGGCGUAGAAUGAUCGGUCUCGCAAUCUGACAGCUGGUGACAAUACGCUGUGUGGCCACAUCAUUAUUGCUGUGGACUGCAGUCAGACAUAGACGGCACAAAAACAGGAAACAAGUGCUUGCGGCCGGUGACUGAUAGUUUCAUCCAGCACGUGCGUAGUGAAGGUAGCGAAGAGAAAGCUGCGCCAGUCAUCCACCUAGCAGUGACAGUCACUUUCGGUCGUCUACAGUGGCGGCAACCCACAACGACAGAACGACAGAAAUAAUGGCUUCAACAGCAAGAUUCACAAUGGCCAGCCUGUGCGUGACGAUUAUCUGGCUGCUGCUGCUGUCGGUCGAUCCAUCACGGGGCGAUGAGUGUGUCAGCAUGAAACGUGAUCGACACCGAACGCUGAUGGAGGAGUUCCGCCAUUCGCCGAACUGGGACGGCUACCUGACGGAGGACACGCUCAACCUGCGCAACAACGAAACGGAGGUGGACCUCUCGAGGCAGGGCUUCAAAGAGGUCCACUGGCAUUUGAGCAGCUUCGUCGGCGAAGGGUACGAGAUAUUUGAUCUCAAUCUUGCGUUCAACAAUUUCGAGGAACUGAACGAGCUCACCUUCCUGAAGUUCUACUCGCUGGAAACGCUCAACCUGUCCAACAAUCGGCUGCACUCGAUCAACAACCUUACCUUCGGUUCGUUGAUACGGCUGGUCGAGCUGGAUCUGUCCUUUAACCUGAUCCACACCCUCGAACGCCAAGCGUUCGAUCGGCUGUACGCGCUCGAGUCGCUGAGCCUGCGGGAGAACUGUUUGAUCACACUGGCGCAGAACCAAUUUCACUUCAACGAUCAUCUGUCGUCGGUGCUGCUGGAUCACAAUCAGCUGGCCUUUUUGCCCACGGUGCUGUUCGACCCGAUCACGAUGGUGGACGAGAUCUACGAGCUGGACCUGUCGGACAACAACUUCCGCCGGAUGCCGUACAUCGAGACGAAGGAGAUCGCACUGCUGAAGAUCGACAACAACCACAUCGAGACGCUCACGGUUAACAAGUCGUUCAAUGUGCGGGCGCUGCAAAUUCAGCACAACAACAUAUACGACGCGGACCUGUUCAAGUUUAGCCGGGCCGAACACAUCGAUCUGUCCCACAACAAUCUGGACAACAUCGUCGGCCUGCACGAGAUGAACCAGCUCGAGUAUCUGGACCUGUCGUCCAACAAUGUGUCCAAGUUCGAUUACAACCUCAAGUACUCGAUCCGCAACAUUCCGAGCCUGGUUACGUUACGGCUGCAGAACUGUAGCCUCAGCGAGAACAACAUCCAGGGACUGCUGGCAUCGGAGUCUAUCCUGAACCUGGAUCUUUCGCAGAACAACUUUGUGCGUCUGAACGUGAGCGAUCUGUCUCGGAUGCGGUCGCUGCAGUAUCUGAGCCUAAACUUCAACUAUCUCCGGGAGCUGAUCAAUUACGAGCGGUUGGGCCAAGAGUUCCCCUAUCUCGAGCUAGUCUCGCUCUCGUUCAACCGCUGGAACUGUACCUACUACGAUCAGCUGAACGCGUACCUUAACCGCACGCACAUCCGCUCGACGAGCGAUCCGCGUGAUUGCUACAUCAACGGUACGCACGUGACCGAUUCCUACGUUACGGAUACGUUCGAGCCGCAGUACACGAUGAACCACGUCAAGCGGGACAUGACCGUGCUGCGUAAUCUCGGGCGCAACACGAUCUACUUCAUGUACGCACUGUUCUCCACCAUCCGGGGACAGUACAAUCAAACGGUCCUGCACCAGCAGCAGCAGGACGAGGAACUGCGCGUCCUUGAACGGGAUGUGGACCGAUUGCUCGGGAUGCUAGCGUUUCUGGUGGCCAUCUUUGCUUGCGUGCUGUGUGUGGCCGUGGCGUACGGUGGCUGGUGGUUGUUCCGCAAGUGGCAACACGAUCGGGCGGUUAAGGUGGUGACGUACAAUAAGCGUGCGAACGAGUUCAGCAAUGGCGUCACGGUUAGUGAUGUUAUACGCGACAACUCGGCAGCGUAGCGAGGUCUGGAUUGCGAGGUGAUCUUGGUGCAUUAUGGGUUCGAUUCUAAGUCUAGCGUGUGGGCAAUUCGAAGGACCAGUCUUCAUCAAACCCAUGGCCCGUACAAUCACACACGAUCAGCCACGGGAUUCUAGACUACUUUAAACACAUCUUCAUACAGGGCGGAUAGCAUCCACGCAUCCAAUCUUAAGCAGCUGCAACGGCAGCUUCAACGAAUCUAGUUACCAAAUAAAAGAUAUUGCUAACGUGUCUAAUAAAUGUAUAAGAAUGUAACAUGAACCCCAACUUUUCCCUGACCUUUCGUUCUUGUUCGCGGACGCUGCAAAACACGAUCAAGGUGCGAUCGGUACGAUUGCGCAACGAUUAUCGUCCACAGCUGGAGGAGCUGGAUAAUAUGGAUUGGAUCACAUCGAAAAACUGAUAAAUUCAAAAUGGCGUAAUAGCGUGACGCGAAUCUCCAAGGUUUUCUUCACCUUUUUGUAUAUUUAACUUUUCUCAAACCGGACUUUAGUCUGUCUGUGUGUGCGUGUGUGUUGGGUUGUUCGUAAUAAUCAGAAAGACAAAUAAGAUGUAAAUGUCUUCUUGGUUGUUGGCUGAACAGUAUCGCCACAGCAUCGUGAGGAUGAAUAUAGCUUAAUUAAUAAAAUUGUCCGCCAACAUCGGUAUUGCAAACGUAAUCAUUCAAAA